UUCCUCCCUCUCCCUCACCACUACAUCCCUGGGGCCCAGCACUGCUCCCGGCCCAUACUGAGUGUUCAAAACAUGUGUUGAAUGAUACAUGCCCUUGACUUCCUGUGUGACCUGGAGAUAGUCACUUCUCUCUCUGGACCUUACUUUCCUCACCUGAAAGACAGUGGAUGGGAAUUUCACGCCAGAGUGAGUGGGCGGUACUGGAUUUAAGUUCCCCGCCUCCUCAAGCGACCCCGAGACCCGAGUCCCCCACCCCUGGGGACCCUAAUCAAAGCGCAGCGGCCCCGCCCCGCCCUGGACCGCGGUCCAAAGGAUGCUGCAGGCUUAGGGGCGGGAUCCGCAGGCGAUGCCGGCGCCCCCGGCGCGGAUUGGGUGCAGCCGUGGCAGGCACCGAGCGAUUGGUCGGUCCAGAGGCAGGGGCGGGGCCUGGCUCCUGGUGCGGGGCGGCGGGGCGGCGGGGGACACGGCCAGAGGCCGGGAAGCUGCUACGCGGGCGAUGGCCGCGCCGAGCCCGGGACCCCGCGAGGUCCUGGCCUCCUCCCCAGAGGCUGGAUCCAGAGCAGCUGCUGCGGGCUCCAGCCGCCGUGGCCUCCUCUGGCGUCUACGGGACAAGCAGUCACGUCUAGGCCUGUUUGAGAUUGACCCGGGGCAUGAGCUGCACCAGAUGACGUGUAUGAUGCAGGCAGGGCUGUGGGCUGCCACGCAGGUCUCCAUGGACCACCCGCCCACAGGGCCGCCCACUGAGGAGGAUUUCUCCCAGGUCCUGACCCAGGUUCACGAGCAGGGCUUCGAGCUGGGCACCCUGGCUGGCCCGGCCUUCGCCCGGCUGCGGCGUUCCCUAGGCCUGGCGGAUGAGGACUACCAGGCUGCGCUGGGCCCCGGCGGCCCCUACCUGCAGUUCCUCAGCACCUCCAAGAGCAAGGCCAGCUUCUUCCUGUCCCACGACCAGCGCUUCUUCCUGAAGACCCAGCGGCGCCGGGAGGUGCAGGUGCUGCUCGCCCACCUGCCCCGCUACGUGCAGCACCUGCAGCGGCACCCGCACUCUCUGCUCGCGCGGCUGCUGGGAGUGCACAGUCUCCGGGUGGCCCAGGGAAAGAAGAAAUACUUCAUCAUCAUGCAGAGCGUCUUCUUUCCCGCCGGCCGCAUCUCCGAGAGGUAUGACAUCAAGGGCUGCGAGGUGAGCCGCUGGGUGGACCCGGCCCCGGAGGGCAGCCCCAUAGUCCUGGUGCUGAAAGAUCUCAACUUUGAGGGCAAGACUAUCAACCUAGGGCCCCAGCGGAGCUGGUUCCUCUGCCAGAUGGAACUGGACACUGCCUUCCUCCGGGAGCUCAACGUGCUGGAUUACAGCCUCCUGAUGGCCUUCCAGCGGCUCCACGAGGAUGAGAAGGGCCUGGGCAGUAGCCUCAUCUUCCGCACAGUCAGGUCUGUGCGAGGGAUCCAGAGCCCGGAGGAGUCGGGAGCCCAGAACCGUCGGCUGCUACCCGACGCCCCCAACGCCCUGCACAUCGUGGAUGGGCCGGAGCAACGCUAUUUCCUGGGCCUCGUGGACCUCGUCACGGUCUACGGGCUCCGCAAGCGGCUGGAGCACCUAUGGAAGACGCUGCGCUACCCGGGCCGGACCUUUUCCACCGUCAGCCCAGCUUGCUACGCCCGUCGCCUCUGCCAGUGGGCGGAGGCGCACACCGAGUGACCGGCGCCGGGCCGCUCUCCCCAUCUGGACAAUGGGCGCACGCCCGGAACGCCGGUUCCAGCCUGGCCAGGGCAGCGGGUUGGGCUCCCCUCGCCGGCUGUUCCUCCCGUUGGCCUCCAGAGGGCGGUGUCCGCUCACUAAUACGACGGCGACACAGCCUCAUUCGACGGUGAUGCUGUGCCCGGCACUGUGCCAGGGACUCCCCCACAUUAGCUCAUUUUAUCCUCAAAAAAUGCUAUUAUUCUCUUUUUACAGACCAUGAAAUGGAGGCUCAGGGGGUGAAGGGACUGAGCAAGAUCAUUCAGCAAUAAAAGCUGGAACCAGGACUCAA